CACUUAACCUACACGGACUGGACAGAUGACUCCACAGUAGAGACAUGGAUAGAAUAUUACGUGGUAUCAUGAAAUACCGACAAACGGAUCGAAAAAAAAUGGUUGAACAAUUUGAAGUAGUACGGAAUCGACCAGAGCCAAAAGCUGUGUUCUUUACUUGUAUGGACAGUAGAAUGAUUCCAACUCGUUUCACAGAGACUAAUGUUGGUGAUAUGUUUGUUGUUCGUAAUGCUGGCAAUUUAAUUCCUCAUUCACAGCAUUUCCUAGAUGAAGCAACUACAAAUGAACCAGCAGCAUUAGAGCUAGGAUGUAUUAUAAAUGAUAUCAGACAUAUAAUAGUGUGUGGACACUCAGAUUGUAAGGCUAUGAAUCUACUCCAUUCCUUGCAGUGUCAGGAGUUCUCAUCACAGAAAAACCGUCGCAUUUCACCCUUACGAGCCUGGCUGAGUGCUCACGCAUAUUCUUCCUUGACAAAAUUUCAGCAACUUGAAGUUUCAGGCUAUCAUAAACCACUCAUCUUUCAAGCAGAGACUCCAAUGAGAAAAUUUGUAGCCUAUAUAGAUCCUGAGGAUAAGUUUUCUGUUACAGAUAAACUUUCACAGGUAAACUGUCUUCAGCAGCUCCAGAACAUUGCCAGUUACGGAUUCCUCAAGAGACGACUCGAGAGACAUGAGCUUCAUAUACAUGCUCUGUGGUUUGACAUCUACACUGGUGAUAUAUACUAUUUCAGCAGACAAAACAAACGAUUUGUUGAUAUCAACGAAGUUACAUUCAAUAUGUUAGAAAAAGAAGUUCUUAAAUAUUAUUCAUGAUUUUGAUAUCACAACUUCAGUAAUAUUUGAAUAAUGACCAAUACUUCCCCAUUCCAUGCACUAAACCCCCCCACCCCACCCCCCUAAAUUAAAAACUGCAAUGUGAGUCCAUUCUUUAUUCGAUUUUGGUUAUCUUCUAAAUGCAAUAUGAAAGGAAGCAGAAUAAACUACUUUUGUUGUUAGUACAGUAUAAUUGAAGACAUUUUGAAGUUAUAGAAUUUCUUUCUCUUCAUUUGAAUAGUUUGGUUAAAGAAUGGUAACAUAAGGAAUAAUAGUAAUGCAUGCAUAUCUUAAUUCUUAAAUUGUAAAUCUGAUAUUGCCUCACAAUAUUGUAAAACUUUCCAGAGGCUAUUAACGCUGAAUCUGGACUUUUUCCAUCAGUGUUACAGAAAAAUCAGGAGGAGUCCUUUAAAAAUGAGCUGCAGGAAAAACCCAUUGUGUAUGUGACAAGCUCCAUUUCAAGCUUUUACAUUUUCUGACGUUUGUAAAACAGGUGACACUGGUAAUUUCUUAAGCUGAAGAUGGCUGUCUUCUGGAAGACAGAAGACAGCCAUCUUUAUAUGGGACCAAACUAUUGAUAAGGAGAAGAGGGGGCCAACCUUACAUCAUGAAUUCUUUCCGUUUUCUGCUCAAAGCCAUUAUUAAUGUAGAUAUUGACAUUCUUGCCUUUUUGUACCUUUCACGUCACAUAUUUUCACUUGCCAGUGCUGUAUUUAUAGGGGCAUAACAAAUCUUAUUUUAUGAUCCACUUUUUUUUGUACGUCUGCUUUCUUGUAGAUAGUGUACAUUUUUAUCAUCAUCAUCCAUCAUCAAUUUUGCACCUCUUGUCUUCAGAAGGGUACAUUUUCUCACAUAGGAGAAUAAGUCUACCUCAAAUCUGUUAACGCUAUGAUGAUUUAUUAUUUUUGUCAGCCAUUGAUGUGAAAUUGGUGUGGGCAUACCAAAUUAAGGAUCAGUGAGAAUCAGAAUUCCAGUUUUUGAUUAUGGAUAUAAAUUUUAGAUACUGAGACCAAUAUCAUUUCAUACUUUUAAAUUUCUUUAGAUUUGUGAUGUUUCACAACAAAAGAAGCAGAAAACUGUAAGAAUUGAGAUGACAGAAUAUUUUUAUACAUAUUUACAAUUUCCUACUUGUAUUUGAAUCUUUUUACAUUUUUUUAUUUUGGUCUUUACACCUUUACUGCUUAACGUAACAGAGAAUAAAAAGUGUGUUCCUUCUUGUAUGUUCUGUCUUAAUGGAUAAAGAUUACACAAAUUGUUUUUGUUUUGGAAUUUACAGUCCUGUCCAUUGGGUUCUGUGAAAAGUAAAGCUUUUAAUGAAAUUAGCCUGAAAGAUGAACCUUUGUAUGAGAACCAUUUGGACUGGACGAUCUACCAGUAAAUGUGAUUAUUUGCAGAAAGUUUUUGCUAGGUUCUUUUACGAGAUGUAAUAAGUACAGAUUGAUAUUUUGUAAUUUCAGUAACUGGAUGAUAUUUCCAGAAGUACUGAGAUGUUAUACAAUUAAAUUACAAAUAUAUUUUUAUUAUAAAUAUAUUUUUGUACAUAGCGCUAAAAAGAAUUAAAAUCGGUUUUUGUUAGUUUGAACUAAACAAUGUAUAUUUUAAAGGAUGUUAUAUAGUAGACAGAAGAGUAUUACUUGAGAGAGAAUAGUAAUCUUGUACAUUAUUAAUUGCUUACUACUGAAAGUUUGCAUAUUGUGUAAGAAACUCUUUAAGAUAUUGUAGAUGCGUCAUAUUGUGAUUUAUAAUAUAAAAAAUAUAUAUUAAAAUUAUCCGUCAAUCACAAUAUAAUAUAAUUAAAAGAUUAAAAUAUCAUUUUACGUUCCCUAUCGAGUACUCGAUUUACAUGUGGAACAUACACGACAUGUUUCGGCUCUAUAUAGCCAUCAUCUGGUGUUAUGUAUAUAAACUCUUCACUGGAAACAAUGUGGACAAGAACAUCAUAAGAAAAAUGAAAAAUAAAUAGCGAAUGAAGAAACAAUGUGGAGGACAAGAACAUCAUAAGAAAAAUGAAAAAUAAAAAUCAUUAAUAAAUCAGUAAAAAA